AUGGCACAUGUGAGUGUUCAGAUCCGUAUGUUCACUUUGGAUGCUGAACUCACAGACCGACCCUUUCUGUUUCCAGCAGGAGAAGAGGAAGAUGCCAGUGACGGUGUGGUCGAUUUCCAGUGUUACAAAAGGUUUAGAGUGAGAUUUGACUGUGGAAGUGUGGAUUUGACUGGAAGUGUGCGAAAGACUGAGCAGCACAAGCACUCGGUCGCUCUCACUGAACUCCGCGUCAAGCUCCAUGAGGAGAAGCAGCGAGAGGUGGCGGCCACACGAGAGAGCCUGUCUCGGCAACACGAGACCGAGCUGGCCCGGGCGGCACGACUCCGCGAGACAGAACUGUCCCGGCUUCAGGCGCUGGUGUGUAUUUUACGGGACGGAGCCAGCAGCGAGCUACGUAAUGCCCUGAAGGAGGAGGCACGAGAGGAGGCCCGCAGGAGCUAUGAGGCAGAGAAACUCAGGCUCACGCAGGAGCUGCAGGAGGCGAAGACGUUGCGGCGGCAGGCAGAGGAGGUGCUGUCCAAUGCUGUGCAGGCCGACAGAGCCAAAGCUGCUGAUCUCAGGGUGGCCCAUCAAGCUCAUCAGGAAGAGAUUCAGAGAAUCAAACGCGAGAGCGAGAGAGAAAUCCGGAGACUGAUGGACGAGUUGAAGAGCAGAGAUCGUGUGGUGCAGUCACUGGAAAAAGAGCUGGUUGUGCAGUCGGGACAGACACAGCGUCUACUGCUGCAGAAGGAGGAAUCAGAGCGGCAUUAUGGGAGUCCGAAGAGAGAGGUGGCGCCAUUCCUCGGGGAAAACACAGACUCUGUCAAUAACCAGGACGCGGAUGAGAGGGAUGUACGGAGGUUUCAGCUGAAGAUCGCUGAGCUGCAGGCAAUCAUCAGGAAACUAGAGGACAGAAACACCCUGCUGUCAGAUGAGAGAAAUGAACUGCUGAAACGUGUGCGAGAAACAGAUGCAGAGAUAAAGCCUCUUAUGGAGAAGAAUAAACGGCUGAAUAAAAAGAAUGAAGAGCUGCUGCAGACUCUACAGCGCAUGGAGGACAAACUGAAGACACUCAGUAGAGAGAACGCAGAACAG